CUAACUGUUGUUUGGGUUUGACCUUGGUGUCUAAGGACCCUGGGUGCAGUGACCCGACGGAGACUGACCAGACGGAGACAGACCUGUCGUCAUCCAGCUCCCCUCAGACAGGGGCAGGAAGUCCAAAGCGGCGCUUUCAGGAAAAGACCGAGGAUGAGCGGGCCUCUCAGCCUGCCAGCAGCUCACCUGAGGCCCCGGUGAGAGAGAAGUCUCCUCCUCUACCUCCAGCUCAGAGAGAGGAAGAGUCGGGACAAGGAGCUGAAAGGAUGUUGAUGCCACCUCCUCUCCCUGUGUUUUUGGCCCCUGGCCCUGUGGCACGAAAGAGACCCAGGGAAACAGCAGUACCAGAGGUCCCACCCAGUCUACCACCCAGAACCCUCGGCCCUGUGGCACACAAGAGACCCAAGGAGACAGCAGUACCAGAGGUCCCACCCAGUCUACCACCCAGAACCCUCGGCCCUGUGGCACACAAGAGACCCAGGGAGACAGCAGUACCAGAGGUCCCACCCAGUCUACCCCCGAGCGCCCCUGCAUCACAGGAUUGUCCUCAGGAGGUGAAGAAGACAAAGGUAGUGGAGAACCCUUCAUGCCUAGUACCCUACGGUGGGGACUCUUCUGAUGAGGAAGAGGACUCCUAGCAGUAAGACUCUUAACUCAUACGCCCACUACCCUUCACUAAUCCUAUCAGCCCCAACCUAAAGUGUCCUCAUUCCACUUAGAUGCUGGGUUGCAGUGUUCAGCCCAAGUCUAGCUUAGCUCUGCUAUUACCACCAUCGACUACUGGACAUUGGACAGAGCGUCACAUCGGCCCCAAAAAUAAAGCUACUUUAUGUUAGUAUAAUUAUUAAAGCGUUUUCAUUUCAAAUCUGAAAAAGCGUAUGUAGUUGUCCAUCCACGACCGAGCCUGCGGUACACAAAUUCACUGAUUUAUUACUGUUAUAUUGUGUAUAAUGGAAAAUGGUGUGAAUCUGUUCCCAUGGAAUACAUUAAUAAAUGGAUUUGGAAACAACA